CAGUGCGCCUCCAGCAGCUCGUCCGAGCGCGCGGUUACAAUGCGCCUCUCCAUCGGUCCGAACCAGAGCCAGCGUCAGAACCGAGCAGCACACACCCCGCCUCCGCAACAGGAUGCCCGGCGGAAAGAGGGGACUGGUGGCGCCGCAGAACACUUUUCUGGAGAACAUCGUCCGGCGUUCAAGUGAGACCAGCUUUCUCCUGGGAAACGCCCAGAUCGUGGAGUGGCCUGUCGUCUACAGCAAUGAUGGAUUCUGUAAGCUGUCUGGUUUCCACAGAGCUGAGGUGAUGCAGAAGAGCAGCACAUGCAGUUUUAUGUACGGAGAGCUGACAGACAAGAAGACCAUCGAUAAAGUCAGGCAGGCGUUUGACAACUAUGAGUCCGACUGCUUUGAAAUCCUGCUGUACAGGAAGAACAGAAGUCCGGUCUGGUUCUACAUGCAGGUAGCUCCUAUCAGGAAUGAGAAUGACAAAGUGGUUCUGUUCCUCUGCACCUUUAAAGACAUAACCCUCUUCAAGCAGCCCAUUGAAGAUGAAACCACCAAAGGAUGGACAAAAUUAGCACGACUCACUCGGGUGCUAACCAACAACCGCAACACGCUGCAGCAGCUGGCUCCUAUCAGCAAACACGAAGUCAGCCACAAACAGUCGCGACUGGCAGAGGUUCUACAGCUGAACUCCGACAUCCUUCCACAGUACAAACAGGAAGCUCCAAAGACGCCGCCUCACAUCAUCCUUCAUUACUGCACCUUUAAGACCACCUGGGACUGGGUCAUCCUCAUCCUCACCUUCUACACGGCCAUUAUGGUGCCCUACAACGUCUCCUUCAAGACGAAGCAGAACAAUAUCGUCUGGCUGGUGCUGGACAGCGUGGUGGAUGUCAUCUUCCUGGUGGACAUCGUUCUCAACUUCCACACCACCUUUGUGGGUCCAGGUGGAGAAGUGAUCUCUGAUCCCAAACUCAUCCGCAUGAACUACCUGAAGACCUGGUUUGUCAUUGAUCUGCUGUCCUGCCUGCCUUAUGACAUCAUCAACGCCUUUGAGAACGUGGAUGAGGGCAUCAGCAGUUUGUUCAGCUCUCUGAAGGUGGUCCGCCUUCUCCGUCUUGGUCGAGUGGCCAGAAAACUGGACCACUAUCUGGAGUACGGUGCAGCGGUUCUGGUCCUGUUGGUCUGCGUUUUUGGACUGGUGGCCCACUGGUUGGCCUGCAUCUGGUACAGUAUUGGAGAUUAUGAGGUCAUCGAUGAGGUCACCAACACCAUCAAGAUGGACAGCUGGCUCUACCAGCUGGCUCUCAGCAUCGGAUCUCCGUACCGAUACAACGCCAGUGGCUCGGGCCGCUGGGAGGGCGGACCUGGCAAAGACUCGCUCUACAUCACCUCUUUGUAUUUCACCAUGACCAGCCUGACCACCAUCGGCUUUGGCAACAUCGCCCCCACCACGGAUGGAGAGAAGAUCUUCUCUGUGGCCAUGAUGAUGGUGGGAUCUCUUCUUUACGCCACCAUCUUUGGAAACGUGACAACCAUCUUCCAGCAGAUGUAUGCCAACACCAACCGCUACCAUGAGAUGCUCAACAAUGUCAGGGACUUCCUGAAGCUCUACCAGGUUCCCAAGGGCCUCAGUGAGCGGGUCAUGGACUACAUUGUCUCCACCUGGUCCAUGUCCAAAGGCAUCGAUACGGAGAGGGUCUUGUCUAUUUGUCCUAAAGACAUGCGGGCUGACAUUUGUGUCCACCUCAACAGGAAGGUGUUCAAUGAACAUCCAGCCUUCAGGUUGGCCAGCGACGGCUGCCUGCGCUCUCUGGCUGUGGAGUUCCAGACCAUCCACUGUGCACCAGGGGACCUGAUCUACCACUCUGGGGAGAGCGUUGACACCCUCUGCUUCGUGGUAUCUGGGUCCCUGGAGGUCAUCCAGGACGACGAGGUGAUCGCCAUCCUUGGUAAAGGCGAUGUCUUUGGAGAUGUCUUUUGGAAGGAAACCAACCUAGCCCAUGCCUGCGCUAACGUUCGAGCCCUAACCUACUGUGACCUUCAUGUAAUCAGGAGGGAAGCCCUUCUCAAAGUGUUGGAGUUUUACACUGCCUUCGCUAACUCCUUCUCCCGGAACCUCGUCCUCACAUGCAACCUACGCAAGAGGAUUAUUUUCCGUAAAAUCAGUGAUGUGAAAAAGGAAGAAGAGGAGAGGGAGCGAGCGAAGAAUGAGGUGCCGAUCACAAUCCCACAGGACCAUCCGGUCCGCAAGCUUUUCCAGAAGUUCAAGCAGCAGAAGGAGCUUCGCAACCAGACUGCUGGAGCGGCCUCCCACGUGGACCUGGAGAAGAACCAGCUGCAGGUGGAUCAGCAGCAUCACCAGCACCUUCAUCCCCACACCCUGCAGUUGGGUCAUUCCAGUCUGCAGCACUCUCUCCAGCUUAGUCUGCAGCGGCCCCACACCUCCAUGCAGAACGGGGCCCCUCCCAGCACCGGUGUACUGACAGUGUCUCAGGUAACGCCCAUGAGCAGCUCAGGGAUCUACAGUCAACUCAGUGAGCUUCCUCCAAAGCAGAACAAUCAGAACAUUAUGGAGCCACAGCCCAGUUCUGCUGGGGAGGGAGCUGAGCCCCCUGUCAGGCUAAAGGACAACACCAGUCCAGGUCCAGUAAAGCCAGUCCCCAAACCCAGCGGGUGGAUGCGGCUGAAAAACAGCACAACGCCAGUGGAGGCCAGGAAGGAGGGCCUAAACAACAACGUGAAGGCCGUAUCGGUGGAGAUGCUGUCUAGAGACUGUAAGGGUCAGGAACCCAGUGGGGUCCCAGAUAUAGGAGACCGGGGGGUUUCCCGCUCCAAUCCCCUCCGCAAGACCGACUCGUGUGAUAGCGGCAUUACUAAGAGCGAGCUGCGGAUUGACCGGGCGGGUGAAGCACGGACACCGGUUGUGGGUAGCCCUCUCCUCCACAGCCCUCUUCCUGGACCUGCAGGUUCCCCCCUCCCCUUUAGCCCCCUGCCGGAGCAGGCCCUGCAGGCGGUGCUGAACCAGACCCGACUGGAGCUUCGAGAAGAGAUCCAGAGUCUGGGAGACCGUCUGAGCGCCCUCGAGAGUCAGGUCAGCGAAAUCCUGAAAUUGUUGUUGGAGAAGAGGCGUUCGUCCACUGGGACGUCAUCCGCCGCUGCCACACCUAAAACCAAAAUCCUACGUCAAGACAUUUUUACGGUUUCCAGGCCAGUUUCUCCAGACGCGGAGAAGGACGAUGGCCUUUGCACACAGCUGGACUGAUGACGGACACGGUGGAUUAUUAUUUUUUCUGGCUUUAAGCUCCAGCGGAUCAACAACGAAACACCUAACCAGGAUCCAGUUUUGUUUGCACAUCGGCUUAGCAUCACGCUGGGUUACAUUUCACUGAAAGUAAUUUUGA